AUGUUGGGAAAGACGAUCUUGCUCGGUAUUUCGGCCGUAUCUGCUGUCAAUGCCUUUCAAUAUGGUUACAACCACGUACCCGUCCGGAAAGACAUCCCCUUGGUAGCAGCAAAUUUCAAGGAUGUUGAUAUCGGUCUGUAUGCGCCAGCCUUUCUCGACCCGGAGAGUAUACAGGCGGGUUUCAAGAACGGCACUCAAGGGCCGACCUCUCAUGAAGAUAUAGCAAACUUUACAUCUGAAGAACUGAGAUCAUUCCCAUUUAUCAAGCUCUCAUCUUCAAAGGGUCCAAAGACUUCAGACAAGGUCCGAGUUUGGGUUCAAGGCGCUGUCCACGGCAACGAGCCAGCCGGUGAUCAAUCCCUCCUUGCCCUCCUCGGCAAAUUCGACAAAGAUCCUAAAUGGGCCUCAAAGAUCCUUAAGAACCUUGAUAUUGUCAUUUUACCCCGGUACAAUCCCGACGGCGUUUACUACUUCCAGCGUGUGCUCGCUACGAAUUUCGAUCCUAACCGCGAUCAUACUAAGCUUGCACGACAGCAGACCCGUGAUAUUAAGCAGCUUUUCAACGAGUUUGCUCCACAUGUUGCUAUUGAUAUGCACGAGUAUGGUUCAUCAAGUCGAUAUGGUAACUACGUUCAAGCUUCUGAUGGUUUGUUCUCUGCUGCGAAGAACCUGAACAUCAAUAAGAAUAUUCGAGAACUUUCUGAGAAGCUGUUUGCCAAGAACAUUGGUGAUGCUAUGGUCAAAGCUGGGUUGCGGUGGGAGCCGUAUGUUACUGGAAGAACAAGCACUGAUCCUGAUUACGUGCCCAAGUUCGACGAAGCUGGCUCUGAUGCCAAGAUUGGUCGCAAUGCAAUGGGCCUCACACAAUCCAUCACAUUCUUGAUCGAGAUGCGAGGAAUCGGUCUUGCAGACCAAGAAUUCCAACGCAGAACUGCCGCUGGUUUAACCAUGGCUAGCUCCAUCAUCGAAACUGCUUCCAACAACGCUCAAAAGGUCUUCAAGACUGUGGAGGGCGGUAUCAAAGAUUUCAUCAAGUCCAGGGAACCCAUCGUAAUCACCGACUCAACAAAGUACAGCACACGAAUGUUCCAGAUGAUCGACUACACCAAUGGCUCAGUCGUCAAGGUUCCUGUUCAGUUUGCGUCUACUACACCAACCACUGCGAACCUAACUCGCUCUCGACCGGAAUCCUACCUUAUUCCUGUUGCUUGGGCUGAUAUCGCUAAGCGCCUUGAGGUUUCUGGUCUUGAAGUCGAGACUCUUAGCAAGCCUUGGAGCGGUACAGUUGAAGCUUUGAGUGUUACAUCUUCAGAGCUCAGCAGUUCUUACUACGAAGGAGCUGUGCUUGCUACUAUUACAACUGAAACUAAGAAGCGGCAGCUAACUUUGCCGGCUGGCAGCUUCCUAGUCAGCACCAGGCAGAAGAACGCAGGACUGGCUUUGAAUGCAUUGGAGCCUGAGAAUAUUGAUUCUUAUGCUAGUUUCAACAUUAUUCCUCUUGAGGUUGGAGAUGAGUAUCCUAUCUUUAGGAUAUCCGUUGGAUAUUGGUUUCGUGGAGUAUUGUCACGGCAUUCGGUUUCUUUUGCCGACCCGUAUCUAGCCUUGACUACCCUCCACCAAGCCAAAAUACUACUAUACCAAAUUCAGAAGGCCGAUGGAGACGAUGCUGCCGUGCAACAGCUCAAUAAACUACAACCUAGCUUCAGCCGUGCUGGCGUUUCAACCCUUCAUGCCAAGAUCAACAGCCCGCCCCCAAGAAUCGUCAAAAGUCAAGGAUGUUGGUUGGAAACCGAACAAGGUCAUCGAAUUUUGGAUGCGUCUUCAGGUGCAGCUGUUGUAUCAAUCGGACAUAAUGAGUCAAGAGUCAAGGACGCCAUUGCUGCUCAACUGGACCAGGUAGCAUACUGCUACAACCCAUUCUUUACGACAGAAGCUGCAGAGAAGAUUUCGAGUUUUUUGACUGAGUCUACCAAUGGGGCCAUGUCCAAGGUUUUUAUCGUCAGCUCAGGCACUGAAGCAGUUGAAGCAGCUCUGAAGAUCGCCCGUCAGUAUUUUACAGAAUUACCAACACCACAGCCAUCCAGGACGAAAUUCAUUGCACGCAAGCAAUCUUAUCAUGGAAACACGCUCGGAUCUUUGGCAGUUGGAGGCCAUAAGGCCCGACGUGGCGUGUACGAACCCAUUCUUGCAACAAAUGUGUCUCAUGUUUCUCCAUGCUAUCCUUACCGAGAGAUGAAAGCAGGCGAAACGGAACAGCAAUACGUUCAACGCCUUGCUCAAGAGCUAGAUGAUGAGUUUCAACGUGUCGGUCCUGACACCGUUUGUGCAUUUAUCGCUGAAACAGUAUCUGGAACAUCAUUGGGCUGUGCGCCUCCGGUUCCUGGUUAUUUCAAGGCAAUCAAAGAAGUAUGCGAUCGUUACGGCGCUCUUCUGAUUAUGGAUGAAGUUAUGUCCGGAAUGGGCAGGACAGGCACGCUUCAUGCUUGGGAACAAGAAGGUGUAGUACCAGAUCUGCAGACUGUUGCUAAAGGGUUAGGAGCUGGUUACAUGCCCGUGGGAGCCUUGCUUGUCGGUAACAAAGUCGCAGAUGCUCUGGCUAAUGGGUCUGGAGCUUUCUCUCACAGUCAAACCUACCAGGGCCAUCCUGUUGCAUGUGCAGCUGCAUAUGCUGUGCAGACUGUUAUGAAGGAAGAUAACAUGCUGCAGAAUGUGCAAGACAUGGGCAAAGUACUAGGUGAGAAGCUCAAAGAGAGGCUAGCAGGUCACAAGAAUGUGGGAGAUGUCCGUGGACGAGGACUUUACUGGGGUUUGGAGUUUGUUCGGAACAAAGAGACGAAGGAACCUUUUGAUUUGAGCGAACAAAUCGCUGGAAAGCUACAUAAGACUGGGCUGGAAGCUGACCACGGUAUCUCAUUAAUUCCUGCCACCGGCAACCUAGACGGUGUUCGAGGAGAUAUGGUGAUUGUCUCUCCUCCUUUCACAAUCACGAAGGAGGAGAUCGAGAUGCUAGUUGACAAGGUCGAUAAAGUAGUCGCCUCUGUCCUAGGAGCAUAG